AAGCAGCUGCCGGAAAAUAAACAACAGCAAGAUGUAUAAAGAACUGAUACUUGUGACCAUCGCCUGCCUGACCACCUCCAUCCUGGCAGCUCCUGCACCUGAACCCGCUCCAGAACCAGCUCCUGCUCCUGCUCCCGCUCCCUCGCCCAGCAUUGGCUUCGGAAUUGGACAUGGCUACGGUGGCUAUGGCCUGGGAUUGGGUCUGGGCAUCGGGCACUACGGCGGUCACUAUGGCGGCCUGUACGGUGGACACAUUGGAGGAAUUGGUCUGGGGUUGGGCUACCAUGCACCCAUCAUCUCCAAGACCAUCAUCGGCAAGAGCUACCUGGGCGGCUAUGGCUAUGGCCUGGGUCACGGAUACCUCGGAGGCUAUGGACAUGGCCUGUACGGUGGACAUGGUCUGGGUCUGGGAUACGGACUGGGAUAUGGCUACGGCCAUGGUUGGUAGAGGUGCUCCCGAGUCCAAUGAAGUUAAGCCAAGUGCGGAGCCAAGAAAAGCGUGCCACAUGUGAGAGUUUUCAGUCAAGACAAUUACUUCGCAGUACCCAAAACAUUACGAUAGCCUUAAUCAGUCACUCACUCAGCAAGUAAAUAAAUCAAUAAAGACAAA